GGACCUGCACUGCCAGUGUGAGAGGGGACUCUCAAAGGCACACGUGGAUUUUUUGUCUGUACCUGCUGCUUGAUUGUCUGCCUUUUACUGACCCACCCGAAAAGAGAGAAGAGGGGUCGAACAAAAACCACUGACUUGUCACUUGUGCCUGAGAACUGGCUGGAUUUUAUGGCACCUGCUGGAGAGGGCACCUGGACCCUUGGAAAUGGAGCAGCUGAUGCUGCACCUCUGCUGAGCAAGGCUUUCUGCUUGGAGUACAAGGAUCAAGUUGCCUUAAGCCAAACCAUAUGUAAGUUACCCCAAGUGUCGUAACUGUACCUCCAAAGCCUCUCCAGACUUCUCCAGGCAGGAGCUCCUCACGUAGUUUGGAUGUUCCCAAUUGACAUUUGAAUGUUUUCAUCCAGCCUGGUGUGGCUGUGAGAGCUGGGGGUGAUCUUUUCCCUGGGAAGUUCAUGGUGAGUUUUGAAGCCUCGCUUCCCAGCGUGGUCUGUGCCAUGGCAGCGACCUACAGGCUGCUGGUGAGCUCUGUGAACUGCUACAGCAGUGUGGUGAUAGACCAGCACUCCCAGCACACUGUGCACCACUGCACAGGCACCUGCCAGGUGUUCAGGCACGGGGUGACCUGCAUAGUCGCCCACCACAGUGUCUGUGCAGAGCUCAGUGUCCAAGAUGCCAACCUGGACCAUAAAAUUCCUCUUCCUGAAAACGGACUCGCCUUGUCUGGAAAUGAGGACUAUCACCAAAUCCUCCCAAAUAACCCAAGGAUCAAAAAGGGCUCUUCAGUGCAAGCCUCCAGCAGUUUAAAGGACAUUACUGGUGAGGCAAUAAACCUUGCCAGUGGUAAAAUAAAGGAGUUCUCCUUUGAAAAGCUCAAAAACUCCUCCAGUCAUGUGGCCUACAGAAAGGGAAGGAAGGUUCGGUCAGAAUCCUUCAGCAGACGAUCCUUUGACUUUGACUUGAUUUAUGGGCACCUCAACAAUGAUGAGAACUGCCCUCCAUGUGGCUUUUUGCAGAGCCCCUCCCCUGUGGAGAAGUGGCAGGAGGGCAGUGAUGCUCCAGAAGUCACCGUGAGCCCCGUGACUCCCUUCUGCCCUCAUGCCUUCUCCGAAGAAAACUUCAUUACCCAGAUUUUGGAAAAACACAAGCUAGAUGGUUCUUCUGGUGGGGAUAUCAAGGUGUGCUUGGACAUCUUGCUCAAGUGCUCAGAGGAUCUGAAGAAGUGCACGGACAUAAUAAAACAUUGCAUCAAAAGGAAGUCUGCAGACAGCGUGGGUGGGGGGAACAGCAGCGACCCCCUGCCCAGUUCAGAAAUGAUAUACAUGAACCUGAUGACCAGGUUUUCUUCCUACCUGAAGAAGCUGCCCUUGGAGGUGAAGCCCCCAGGGCAGAGGGAGGCGAGUGACUGGGCAGAGCUGGUGAGCUGCUUCCAUGGCUUGCAGCAGAGCCCCUUCGCCCCGGUGUUCGGGGAUGAGCAACCACCCCGCUAUGAGGACAUUAUCCAGCUGCCAUCCUCCAGUGCAGGCCCUCUGGCUCUGCCAGGAGAUCAGGGGGAGCCGACAAGCACCUCUCAGUCCCUCCCCACAGGUACUGUGGCCUUUACCCCCACCUCCCCUCCCAGUGCCCCCCAGAGCAGUGUGAGAGCUGGGACAGAGGCUCUACCUCAGCCAGCGGCCCCGAGCCCCCCUGACAGCGAGGUGCUGUACAUCGAGGAGGAGGCUGAUGGGGACAGAACAGCAGGGAAAGGGCAGAGGGCAGAGCACAGAGGGGGCUGGCAGAGUAUGGAGCACAGCUCCCAGCGAGCUGCUGGUUCAGAUGGACCUGCUGAUGCUCAAGCAGAGCGUGCCCAGGUGGGAGAUGCCGAGCUCUGCCCCGCUCCCGAGGACACGACUCCUUUAACACCACCCUUGGAUUCCGUGCUGCACGGGGCCCAGGCUGGUGUCCCCAAAGGAGCCCAGACGUGCAGUAGGGUGGACAAGGAGGAGAUAGACAAACUGCUGCUGGACUUGGAGUGCUUCUCCCAGAAAAUGGAGAGCACUUUGAGGGAACCCCCUCGGAAGCAGGGCGAGCCUGCGGGCGUGCAGGUGUUGGGCAGGCAGGGGAGGCAGGUUCCACCUCUGGCUCUGGAGGCCAAAAGUAAACCUGCUGACCCCCCUUCUUCUCUGUCAAAAAUCAUGGAAACCAAUGGUCACAAAAUGGAAGAGGACGACAAAGCCUUUUUACUGCGGAUCCUGGGAAGCAUUGAGGACUUUGCCCAGGAGCUGGUGGAAUACCAGACAGGCAAGGGGAGCUUGUCCAAGGAGAAGGAAGUGAUGCAGAUUCUUCAGGAAACUUUAGCAACUCCUUCACAGUCCCUCCUUGCAGGGAAAAAAAGCCAUGCUGGGGCUGCCUGCAGAGACUCUGUUCCAGCCUCAAUUCAGCAGGCCCCAGAGGUGAUUAAGGUUCAAAGUAAACAAGAGAAGAAGCCUGGAGCUCCCUCCCUAGCCCCCCUGAAGCCCUCAGUUGGCCCUUGCACUCUCCUGCCUGUGAAUAAAGCCACCAGCAGUGCCCCCUUGUCCAUAAACAUUCCACGUUUCUACUUCCCUAAAGGACUUCCCAAUGUCUGCACUAACCAUGAGGAAAUCAUUGCCAGGGUUGAAGAGGCCUUUUCAGAGUUUGAAGAUGAGAAGGCAAACGUCUGUGAAAUGGGGAAAAUUGCUAAGGUCUGUGGCUGCCCACUCUACUGGAAAGCACCUCUGUUCAGUGCAUCAGGAGGAGAGAGGACAGGAGGGGUAUCUGUGCACUCCUUUGUGUCCAUGUGGAGAAAAGUCCUGCGGAACUGCCACGACGAUGCUUCCAGGUUCACAUCCCUCCUGGCCAAGCCUGGCUGUGACUACCUACAGCAGGAGGACUUCAUCCCACUGCUCCAGGAUGUGGUGGAAACUCACCCUGGCCUGACGUUCCUGAAGGAUGCCCCGGAGUUCCAUUCCCGGUACAUCACCACGGUUAUACAGAGAAUAUUCUACACCGUGAACCGCUCCUGGUCUGGGAAGAUCACUCUGACAGAGCUGAGGAAAAGCAACUUCUUGCAAACCCUUGCUCUCUUGGAAGAAGAGGAUGACAUAAAUCAGAUCACAGACUAUUUCUCCUAUGAGCACUUCUAUGUGAUUUACUGUAAAUUCUGGGAGCUGGACACUGACCAUGACCUUUACAUCAGCCAGAAGGACCUGGCUCGGUACAGUGACCAAGCUUUAUCCAACAGGAUAAUUGAGCGAAUAUUCAGUGGCGCUGUGGUGAGAGGCACUGAGGUUCAGAAGGAAGGCAGGAUGAGUUAUGCGGAUUUUGUGUGGCUUCUGAUUUCGGAGGAGGACAAAAGGAGUGCUACAAGCAUUGAGUACUGGUUCAGGUGCAUGGACCUGGAUGGGGAUGGAGUGCUGUCCAUGUAUGAGCUGGAGUAUUUCUACGAGGAGCAGUGUGAGCGCAUGGAGGUGAUGGGCAUAGAGCCCCUGCCCUUCCAGGACCUGCUGUGCCAGAUGCUGGACCUCGUUAAGCCAGAGAGGGAAGGAAGAGUAACCCUGCGAGACCUGAAGAGGUGCAGAAUGGCUCAUGUGUUCUUCAACACCUUCUUCAAUUUAGAGAAAUACCUGGACAAUGAACAGAGGGAUCCCUUUGCAGUGCAAAAGGACGUGGACAGUGACGGCCCCGAGCCCUCGGACUGGGACAGGUACGCGGCCGAGGAGUACGAGAUCCUGGUGGCCGAGGAGUCCGGGAACGAGCCGCUGCAGGAGGGAUCAUGUGAAGAAGACUAUGAUACAGAUGAAGUCUUAUCUCCCCCUGAAACUGGAGACAAGUCAGACAAGCUAGUUCUCUCAGAUCUCUCAGCAUAGAGAAGUGGAAGACACUUAACCAAUCUCUUUCAAACUGGAGAGCAUUCAGUCCCAAGGCACUUGGGGGUUUUCUUAAGUCCAGCAUUGGAACAAUGUGCUUUAUUUGUACACUGUAACUUGAGAACCCUUUUUCUCUCCCUGUGUAAUUGCAAUAAGGUAAUUUCUAUAAAAAGGCUUUUUACAAUGUGCUCUCGUGCACACUCAUUGCCAAUGGUGAUGGCACCUUGUUUCAUUUCUAGAUGAAUUCUGUUGUGUCCCCAGAUGUGCAAUAAAUGCCAGCAUCUAAUGGCUGCCUGUGCCAGCUGCAUGCAGCACUGACAGUCAGUUCAGCUCUGUGCCACCCUGUCCCCUUGACUUUACACCAGGAAUGACAAAGAGCUGCCAAAUGAACUCCAAUUUACAUCCAGAAAUCUUUUAAAACACAAGUCACAAUCAAGUCCUUUUUGUUCUUCAUGCCCUGGAAAUGAAGGCAACAUGAAGGGAGAGUGAAGUCCCUCUGUGAUUUGAACCACGAGCUCCUCCACGUGGUACUGGACACAUUUCCCUGGUACCCCUGUGGACAGUUCAAGCCCUCCACGAUGGCACAUUUCUCUGAGAACUGGAGACACAGUUCACAUUUCUACUGGGCAUAAGAUGAUCUGCCUCUGUCCAGUGUUUUGUCUCUGUAGAAUUCUGCUUUGUACAGGUGGGGUUUGGUGUAUUUACAAAAGAAAAGGACAUCUGCUGUUGAGCUGGUGUGUUAAACUGCUGUGCCUGUGGUGCCCCAGUCCUGUCCAUUCCCUGUUCUCCUCCUCCCCAGAGCCUUCUGUGACCUGGAGCCUUCUCCCAGAGCCUCAGCUGAGAUACUGAAGAGAGAAACCAACCCAGCCUUUUAACUAGUAAAGGAAUUAGUCUGUGUCAUUGCCAAAAAUUUAUUUUCUCCCCAUGAAUUAAGCCCCAGUCAGAGAGGAAAUGCUGUAACUAAUGAGUUCUUGCUUUAAGUGCAAAAAAAUUAAACUGACUUCCCCCCAGAAUCCCAACUGGUGUCUCUGCUGACAGCACCCACUGCUGGAGCUGGGCCUCCCAGCCAACUAGUGCCUGUCUUUGGUUCCCAGGGGGUUAGAACAUCCUCUUACCAGUUCCAGGGAUGCACAAACAGAUCUGGGCCUUGCCUUCCCAGCUGGCAGAUUUUAUUGUAACUGUCAGAGUUGGGCCCCAGUGUUUGGUGUGUGUGCACUGUGUGUCCUGUUCCCUCCCUGGAGAGCAUCCAGCUGUGCCACCUGUGUGCAUCCCUGCAGGAUUUCUGUGUGCACCCCUACCAGGAUUCCUGUGUGCACCCCUACCAGGAUUCCUGUGUGCAUCCCUACCAGGAUUUCUGUGUGCAUCCCUACCAGGAUUCCUGUGUGCAUCCCUGCCAGGAUUCCCAGGAUCCCCUCUCCCAGCAGGCCCCUCCAGGUAGCAGAGCCCCUGUGUGUGUCCCCACAGACACUGGCACGAGGGAACACUGAUCCCUGUGAUACCUCCAGGAGUUAACCACCAAAUCAGUCAUGGGCUGAUCACUCCAGUGUGGCUUCAGCUUGUCCAGGAGCCUUUGGAGCCCAGCACCUGCCUCCCAGUGUCCAGUGGGAUGUGGUGAUGCCUCACUGGGGUCAGGAGCUCCCUCAGGAUCCAAAUCUGAACAAGAGCCAGUUUUCAGUUGUACUGGACUCAGAGAUCUGUUCCUUUUUCCUGACCAAAGCUCAGAGUAUACGUUCCAGAGGCACAUAUACCCCCCCAGGAUCCUGGGCUUGGGAUGUAGAAACUUUCGGAUGCCCAGGUUGUUGGCAAAGGCCCUGCAGGGUGACUUGCAUUCCAUAAUGCCAGCUGUGAGCAGGGAGCACUGACCAGAGCAGGAGCAGCCUCUGGGAAUGCAGCAAACACACAGGGGGUUUGAAUCCACCUCCAUCACUGGAACCUGCAGGGGAAAACCCUCCCUGGGGCUCGUUCCACAAAGGCCCAAAUGCAGCAGAACCUGGGGAAUGACCACAGGAUGGAAGUCCCACAACUGUUGGUUGUACCCAGCUCCAUCCACCUUUUACUGGGAAGAACCUGGAGCAGGAAUUCAGCCCUUCCCUGACUCCCAGGGCCCAGAGGGGCCUUUCAGUUGGAUAACCUUUUAGAUCUCUCCAAAGACAAAGAUUCCUCAAAGCACAAGAAGAACCUGACCCUGUUCUAGGCCCAAGUGGAACCCCCUGGUUCUGCAGCAUCACCAGCUUUGAGCUCCAGCAGCACUGGGGUGUUCCAGCCUCAGUCACCCACCACUUCAGGCUCUUCCUCCUUCUGCAGAGGGGCUUAAACUCCACCCAUCCAUCGGCCCAGGCUCCCAUCUCCCCCCACACCAGCCUGGACUGGUGCCUUUCUUUGGAGAACUCAGUGUCUGGAGCCUGGUAAAACUCCCCAAUUGCCUUCCCAAGCUUUGGCUUCAAUAAGUGGACCCAGGAGGUUGUAGCUGCUCUGCUGAGCCCUUUGGCCCCCAAAGGCCCUCUCUUCUACAGACAGAGCUUCACUGCUGCUACAGCAAAGCAGAGUGAAUCCAAACCCAAUUCCUGCUCCUUGGUAGGUCAACACAAGCUAAUCCAGGAAAAAAAACAAUUUGCAGCAAAUGUUUUGCAUUAUAUAUUAGAACAAGUUACAGAAGUCACUCUUUUUGUGGUGGCAGUGCAAAACCUGCAGGAAUUUAAGUUAUUUACUCCAGGAGCAGGAAUCCAUUCCCUGUCACCAGUGUACUUGAAAAUAUAACUCAGCAGGCAACAGAUACUUUAGGAAAGAAGGUCUCCUGCACCCUGUUUGGGACUCAGCCCUGUCCACAUCUCCUCUGGAUGGAGGAUUAAACUCUGCAGGAUUUAGGUGAGGUAAAGUUGGGAGCUCCCAUCCUACUUCUGAGCUUUUCUUUCUGGGAUAAAGACAAGGAUGCUUGUGUCCACAGCAGCCUCAGGGCUCAGCCAGCUCCUGGAGCCAAGCAACCAAGGAAUCCCUGCCCUGAGGGCUUGGAGGAGCCCCCCUGGCUCUGAGUCUGCCUCCUGUCAGUGCCACUUGAGAUGCUGCAGCCCUUUAAGGCCAGAUCCUGCCUUUUUCCUUGCAAACCCGGCUCACACUGAGCUCUGUUUUGAGCUGGACCCCUUUUUCCUUAGGAGUGGUCAGAAAAGUGAGUAAAUUCAGAUUUGCUCGAUAAAAAUCCCUUUGUGCUUGCUUGUUCUCUCUGGUCUGCUGCUGUCCAGCAAAAUUCCGUCCCCUGUCCUUACAAACCCCUCUGCUUUGGACUGUGUGUCCCCCGUGUGGUGUCUGUGCAGUGCUGAGAUCACAGACACUCAGUGUCGCUGCUGCCCCGGUCCCAGCGGGAUUGUUGCUUCCUCCCUCCCACCCCUCGGGGGCACUUGCUGCAUCCCAGCUCCGGGAGCAAAGCCCGGGCACUGCCCCAGCUCCUCCCCGGCCUGGGAGUGGCACAGACAGGGACAGCGAAGGGAUUCCAAAGCCUUCCUGCGCUCCUGAAGGAAGGGUUUAAGGGAGCUCCCUCGAGAUGCUCUAACAAGGUACUGGGCUUAAGUUUCUGAAACAAAAUAAGCCUGAAAGGCUAAAAAACGGCUCAUGGAGGUGUGGUUUUAACAGUCUGGAUCUGGAGUUUCUAGAUCAGGGCUGUGCAAAAAGCCUUGAACCUCAGUGACCAGCACGAGCUACUGUAAGGAAAACAUGAACAGAGCUUCCCCUUCUGUGCUCCUCUCCUGGCUGUGUCACUGGGGCAGGGGCUUGGAAACUGAGCAUUUAAUAAUAAUAAUGGUUCUCAUACUUUGUAAAAGUAGUUUUGGAGACAUUUUGUGCUGGCAUGGUUUGAUCUUUGUAUUUUUACUUCGUAAUUUCUUCUUUUUUUUUGGCAAAUAAAGGACUUUUGAGUUUUAAAAGGAAAA